AUGACAGUUGUUGAGUAUGUUGCUAAGUUCGAAGAGUUGGUGAAGUUUUGUCCAAACUAUAAUAAUGCGGAAGCUGAAGUGUCGAAGGGUAUCAAGUUCGAAAGAGGAUUACAACCUGAGACCAAGAAAGGUAUUGGCUAUCAUGAGAUUUACCGAUUUCCUAUGUUGGUGAAUAAGUGCAAGAUUGAUGAUAAGGAUAGUAGAGCCCGGUGUGCUCACUAUAAGAGGCUUAGUGAGAAGAAAGGGAAGAAUCAGUAUCUUGGAAAAAUGUAUAGUGCUCUAGCUGACAAAGGGAAUCAAAAGGCUUCAUAUGAGAAAAGGACAAGUAGGGAAGAGACUCAAUCCUUUGUCAAGUGCUUUAAGUGUGGGAUUAUGGGUCAUCAUACCAAUGACUACAAGAGUUCUGAGAAGAGAUGCUUCAAGUGUGGGAAUAUUGAACAUCUUGUCACUGAUUGUAAGGGUAGUACACUGUCCUUCUUAAACUGUGGAGAUUCAGGUCACAUUAGUACUCAUUUCCAGAAACCCAGGAAGGUCCAGUCUGGAGAAAAAGCUUUUGUUUUGAAUGGGUCAGAGACUACUGGCAUAAAUAGAUUGGUUCAAGUGUCAUUUCCAAAAUUUGAUGCAAGCGACGAGUUAUUUGUGUCUGCAAAGCAAGUGGAUGAAUCCAUGAAAGAUGAUGCUAAAAUGUUUAUGAUAUUGGCUUCUAUGAAGGAUAAAAUCAAAUUUGUGAUUGAUGAUAUUAGUAAUUUGUCGUUGGAGCCCGAGGUUGAGUUCACCAUAGACUUAGUACCCGGUACUAGUCCUGUAUUGGUGGCGCCGUAUAGAAUGUCUGUUUCAGAGCCGAGUGAGAUAAGGAAAUAA